UUUUUGGCACACAGGCAUCGUUGCUGGACUGGCUACUCUGGCUGUUGUGACCUUCUUUAUCUCUAUUCCGGCUUUCUGGACGUUGGAGACAAUGGCUAGAGCCCAGGCAAUAGAAACAAGAGCUCUUCGAAACAGUGAAGUCGUCGAUUGUCAAGUUGGUGAAAUUAGGACAGACCGUCGAUUUGAACUUCCCGAGUUGUGUCAGAUUUUCUUGGGACGAGUUACGAGCAUUUGCUAUCUCCUUGCUUUGCUUUUCUACUUAUUCCUAUCCCAGUGGAUGGCGAGCCCUAUCAUCGGAACAGCUGUGGCAACUAACAUGCCCAUCAACUCGGGCGUGUUUCGGCAGUGCAAUGAGAAAGAUUUCGGGCCACACUUGCAUCCGACCGAUGGUUGUUGGAAUACGUAUGCACUCUCAGUGUUACUGUUUUCUGUUGUUAUAAUUCCUCUGUCGUGCUUGGAGUUGAAAGAGCUGGCUGUCAUUCAAGUGAUCAUGGCCUUGUUUAGAUUUAUUAUGCUGUUGGUUAUGUCGAUCUACUCGAUUGUGUCCGUGGCCGAGGAAGACGACUCGAGUGACACAUCGAGUGAUGAUGAUGUCUUUACAAAGUUUAAUAUCCAGGGUUUACUUGCUGCUGUACCAGUGUUUGUCUUUGCCCAGAUGCUGCAGUCGUCCAUCCCGUCUCUAACUCAGCCGAUAUCCAACAAACGCAGACUUGUAGUCUUUUACUCGGCUGUCUUUCUUGUAACAACGAUAUUAUAUAGUAUGGUGGGUGUCACAGUGGCUAUGUAUAAGAAGAACAACAUUUUGGAAGUCUGUAGUGCAAACUGGAAGUCUCUAACCAGCCCAGAACAUGGUGCAGCGGUACGUGCUCUCUCUUAUUUCAUUGUUCUGUUUCCUGCAAUCGAUAUCUGGUCAGCGUAUCCUCUUACUGUCAUCAUCAUGGCCAAUAUGGUGGAAAACAUGUACAACAACGAUCCGAUGCAGACUCCGAGUCGUGCCACGAGGGUCGUACAUCGAUUCUUUUGGGCUACCAUGCCGAUCGUGGCGUCAGUUUUUAUCACGAACUUGGUCAUUUUGGACAAGUAUGAUGGCCUCAUUGCUUACUUCAUCGUGUUUUGGUUCCCGGCCUUGCUCCAGUACAAGUCAAGAAAAGUGUGUGAAGAGCUCUGUCUGAGUACAGAUACACCGUAUUCCUCGUGGUAUAGUGGAAAUAAGGUUGUACUCGUUGUAUUUUUAUUCGGCAUUGUAGUUACGUUGGCAACGUUCGUUGGAUUCGUGCUGCCAGGCAGCCUUUCAUGA